AUGGGCUUUUUAAGUCCAACAUAUGUCCUUUUCUUCUGUUUUGGAGUUAGAAUAUAUUGCCAAUAUGAAGCUUACCAAUGGGAUGAAGAAUAUGACCAAGAAGAGCCAAAUGAGGAUUAUGAGCCAGAAUUCCAAUUUCAUCAAAAUAUUGAAUAUGGAGUGCCCUUUUAUCAGAAUAUGUUAGGCUGUGCUAAGGAAUGCUUCUGUCCAACUAACUUUCCAACAUCAAUGUACUGUGACAGCCGUAAACUCAAGACUAUCCCACAUAUUCCAACGCACAUUCAGCAGCUCUACCUUCAGUUCAAUGAUAUUGAGGCUGUCACUGCAAAUUCAUUCAUCAAUGCAACUCAUCUUAAAGAAAUAAACCUCAGUCACAACAAAAUUAAAUCUCAAAAGAUUGACCAUGGUGUGUUUGCUAAACUUUCAAAUCUACAACAACUUCAUCUAGAGCACAACAACUUAGAAGAAUUUCCAUUUCCUCUUCCUAAAUCUCUGGAAAGACUCCUUCUUGGCUAUAACGAAAUCUCCACACUUCAAACAAAUGCCAUGGAUGGGCUGGCCAACCUGACUAUGCUUGAUCUCUGCUAUAAUCAUCUUUCUGAUUCAAUGUUAAAAGAAAAGAACCUUUCCAAAAUGGAAAAAUUAAUGCAGCUCAAUCUAUGUAAUAAUCAAUUAGAAUCAAUGCCCCCUGGAUUGCCUUCUUCACUUAUGUAUCUAUCUUUAGAAAAUAAUUCAAUUUCAUCUAUACCAGACAAUUAUUUUGACAAACUUCCAAAACUUCAUGCUCUAAGAAUGUCACACAACAAACUGAGAGACAUUCCAUAUGAUAUAUUUAAUCUUUCCAACCUUAUAGAACUAAACGUUGGACACAAUAAAUUGAAGCAAGCAUUCUACAUUCCAAGGAAUUUGGAACAUCUAUAUCUACAAAAUAAUGAAAUAGAAAACAUCAAUGUGACAAUGAUGUGUCCUUCUACUGACCUACUACACCAUCGCCAUUUAACAUACCUCCGUGUGGACCAAAAUAAGCUGAAAGAACCAAUAAGUUCAUACAUCUUCUUCUGCUUCCCUCAUAUACACAGUAUUUAUUAUGGCGAACAAAGGAGCACUAAUGGGGAAACAAUACAACUGAAGACCCAAGUUUUCAGGAGAUAUCAAGAUGAUGAUGAUGAGGAGGAGGAGGAGGAAAACCAUGAUGGUCAGGAUGAUACUCUUGAGGGUCAAGAAGUAACAGAAGAGUACUUUAAUUCUCAUUAUUAUUAAGUGCAAGAAUGUCAAGAAACUACAUAGAGAUAUGUUUAUGACUUCAUUAAGUCAUGCUAAUUACAAAUCUAAACAUAUACUGCUCAAAAUAAUGUAUCUAGAAAUAUGUAUUAGUGUAAGAUCAGAAUUGCAUUUAAGAUGUUGGUGACAAUGGCUUUAUCACAUAGGCUUAGAGCUUACUUAAAAAUGAUGCAAAUCUUAUGAAAUAUUAGAAUGGCA